GUUUAUUACUUUUUGGGUAAGGACAUACUAUAUAGUGUACAAAUUGUCGUUAUCCUUUCUUGUCCUCUUCACCCACUAGUCUACUGGUGUUGUUGCUGCCAACUUCAAGAAACAUAACAUUUAGGUGAUACAUUCUUGAAUCUCUCAAACUCACAAAACCAAGUUGUGCAAUUCUUGAAUCUUGAAUAAUGGGAGAAGAAAUUGAGGUGAUACAUUCUUGGUCUGCACCAAGGUCCCUAAGCACCAGCCUCAUGUACUCUUUUUCCCAGAGAAAUGACAUCGAAGUUCUUGAUGAACCACUGUAUGCAAAUUUUUUGCGAGUCACUGGAGUGGAUAGACCUUACAAGGAACAACUUCGAUCCGAAAUGGAGAAUGAUGGAAAUAAGGUGGUGAAAGAGGUCAUCUUCGGUGCAGGAGUAAAGAAGUAUCGCUACUGUAAGCAUAUAGCUAAACAACGUGUGCCAGGUUUGACAAAUGAAUUGAUGAAAAGAGGAAAGCACUUCAUACUGAUAAGGAAUCCCCUUGAUAUCUUGCCAUCCUUUGAGAAGGUUGUACCUCCAUCAUUUCUUGAGCUGGGGUUGGCAGAGCUGGUCUCCGUAUACAGUGAGUUAUCUGAAUCAGGAAGACCCCCACCAGUUAUUGAUGCUGCAGAUCUUCGAGAAAAUCCCGAGGCGACCCUGCGUGGCCUUUGUGAAGACCUUGACAUUCCAUUUCAAGAUUCAAUGCUCAGGUGGGAAGCUGGACCGAAACCAUUUGAUGGCAUCUGGGCACCAUGGUGGUAUAAAAGUGUGCAUAAAUCAACAGGUUUUUCUCCAGCAAAGAAAUACCCUAUGCCAUUUCCAACAUCAUUGUAUGAUAUGUUGGAGCAAAGCCUACCCUUUUACAACAUGCUUAAACGUCAUGCUAGACGAUCUUCUUCUAAUUACCUGAACUCAACUUUACCUCAUCCUAGUCUUCCUGUUCCUGCUAAUGAGAAGCUGCUUGCAUGGGUUGGUGAUGAGAUUGUGCCUCGUGAGACUGCGAAGGUUUCAGUAUUUGAUUCAAUUGUCCAAGGUGGUGAUGGAGUUUGGGAGGGGCUUCGAGUGUACGGCGGAAAGGUAUUUAAGCUUGAGGAGCAUUUAGAUAGGAUGUUCGACUCUGCGAAAGCACUAGCUUUCAGCAAUGUACCAACUCGCGAAGAGGUGAAAGAAGCUAUUUUCAGGACUCUUUUAAGAAAUGGAAUGUUUGAUAAUGCACAUAUCCGACUAACUUUGACACGUGGUAAAAAGGUAACCUCAGGAAUGAGCCCGUCAUUCAAUCGUUAUGGAUGUACUUUAAUUGUUCUUGCUGAAUGGAAACCUCCAGUCUAUGACAAUGAAAAGGGCUUAAUGUUAGUGACGGCAACCACUCGUCGUAAUUCACCAAAUAAUUUGGAUUCAAAGAUUCACCAUAACAACCUUCUCAACAACAUUCUUGCAAAGAUAGAAGGUAAUAAUGCUGGGGCUGAUGAUGCAAUCAUGCUUGAUAAAGAUGGCUAUGUGUCAGAAACUAAUGCUACAAAUAUAUUCUUAGUGAAGAAAGGGCGUGUGGUGACACCUCAUUCUGAUUAUUGCCUUCCUGGCAUAACUAGAGCAACAGUCAUGGAGCUUGUGCUGAAGGAAAGUUUAGCUUUAGAGGAGCGACGAAUUAGCUUAUCAGAAUUUCACACUGCUGAUGAGGUGUGGACAACAGGAACUAUGGGGGAGCUGAGCCCGGUUGUCAAAAUUGAUGGACGUAUAGUUGGUGAUGGUCGAGUAGGACCUAUAACACUGAGAUUACAAAAUGCUUACAAGAAUCUCUCAAAAGAUUCAGGAGUGCCCAUACCAACCUAUGAGAAGAGCUAAAUAUAUAGUUUCCAGGUUCUUCUCACCUUCAA